CAUGGACUUCCCUCAAGUCAAUCUCAUCUCUUCCCUCCAUUGUAUUUAACCGUCUCUCUCCCUCCUUUCCCUCCAGCCUCUCUCUCUCUCUCCCUCUCUCUCUCUCAUGGGCAAUGCAGUUUCUCUCUCUUGCUUCCAACUUAACCCCAAGAACUCGAAUCCCUCGCCGGCGAAGCUAGUCUUCUGGGAAGGAACCACGCGAACCGUCGCCAGAGGAAAGCGGGUGGUGGCCGGAGAGAUCAUGUUCGAGUUCCCCGACUGCGUGGUCUGCCACGCUGACUCCUUCUACAUCGGCCGCCCCAUCCCCGCCCUCGCUCUGGGCGACGAGCUCAGCGGCGGCCACACCUACUUUGUUCUCCCCAUCGAGCGCGUCGCUGCAUGCGGCGCGCUCUCGGCGGCUUCCCUGGCCGCCCUGGGCUCAAGCCCCAAGGGCACUCCCAUCAAUUUCGGAGAGUGCCCAUUCGAGUACGUGAAGGGAGAUAACGGUAGGGUUUCGAUGAAGGUGUCGCCGGAGCUGAUAUCGAGACUGAUCAUUAGUAAUUGUAGUCAAGAGAAGAAGAGAAUGGAGGAAGAUGAGCAGAGUACUUUUCUAUGCAGCACGCCGGAGCUGCAGAAGCAUUACGAGCAGCUGGUGGGGUCGAAGGUGCAAGUGUGGUCUCCCAAAUUGGAGACCAUUUCUGAGUACAGGAUUAGGUUUUCGCCAUGCAGGUUCAUGGGGUUGGAGUGGAAGCAGAAAGAGCCGGAGGAUGUUUGAUUUUGUUCUUGCUUUUGGUUUUUUUGUUCUCAUAGAAGAUUAUUAUGAACACUGAUUUAACAAUAUUUAGCUAGCUAGGUGGAAUUCGUUUGUCAAUAUGUUGAUACGGUGUACAAAAUAUUAUAAUGGUUGUUGGUGAUAGGUUACCAAAACUUUAAA